GGUAACUGAAGGUUUCACUCUCACGAAGGCUCUUUCACCUGUCUCUUAUUCGAUUUUUCCCUCUCCGUCUCGACAUUCGCUCGGCUACGAUCGACGCUGAGCAUACUGUCAAUUCAUUUCGCUCGUUAAGAUCGUACCAAAUUGCACGCUCGAGGGUGGUUUCUACCUUCGCGACGGCGGGACACCUGUGCGAUCUCGUCGCGUCUCCGCGUGUCGAUCACCGCGGUCGGUGCUUCGGUGUGACGAUCUGUCAAUCGACUAUCAGUGCUGAAUGGUAAUCGCAAUUAUUACCGGCCUUCUUCGCACAGGAGCAAACAGCAGCAUUCGAGGAUCAGUUUCAACAGGAAGAGCAACGAUGUCAUCCGGCACGACAACGCGAUAAGCGGCGAAGUAUCUGGAUUCUGCAUGCGAGUGCCCAGAGCGGAAGUGUUCGGGCUCCUCGGUGGGGUGCUGACCUCCGACAACAUCAUCAGGAAGGACUUUUCUUGCCCUACGACGACGCACGCAGGGCAACUGCAUUCGCCGAACGGCGACAGCGACAACAGCAACGGUAGCCAGCGUGCGGUGGCUGUUACUCGCAACGAGGUAGAGCAGCAGCAGCAGCAGCAGCAGCCGCAUCGCCAACGGCAGCCGCAACGUCAGGCAACAGCUACCGUUCCGGUUCUCGCCUGCACUAAUCAAUCGUCUAUAACUACACCCACGACCGCCUUCACGGUGGCAUCAAGCAUGCUUCUUUUGCAAACACAGAGCUCCUUCGGAAGCAGUUUCGCGGAAUUGCUAAGUGGUCCUUAUUCAGACCCUGCGGAUGCCGGAAGCUUGCCCGAGGAGCUGGACCCCUUUCCAGAGUUGCAGCUUGGAAAUCCGCAAGCCGUAUCUUCGGUCGAUGAGUCUGCUCAGUCUCACCAAAAUAUACACCAUCAACAGCCAUCGCAAUCACCACCACCACCGCCCUCUCUCCCCGAGGACAUCCAGACCGAUUCCCUUAGUCCUACACCCUUGCCGAGCUUCCAGGAGACCUACACAGUGCAGCGAUAUAGACAGGAACUCCAGGGCCUUGGCAUCAAGAUGGAUGAUGAAUGUUACGAUACCUCAGUAUAUCCUUGCACCACCACUCACUAUCCGACCGAAUUUCCGGCUACAGUAUCCUAUCACGAGCACCAACAACAGCCGCAGCAGCAACAUCCUCACCAUCAUCCGCCGCAUCAUCAACAACAACAGGCCCCGCAUCAUCAUCAAAGUUACUUUCCUACGGAAUCGGCGCCCACUCCGGCAACGACAGUCGUUCCGCCCUCGAAUCAUCGACAGGAUCCAUCCUAUGGUGUGGCUGUCACCGUGCCUAUGGUUUAUGGGGCACCAUCGGCCAUCGCCAACGUCGCUACUCCCGUAGCUCCUACUGAUCUCUGUCCUAAUGUCGAUACUAGCGUUGUAAUUGGCACCACUAGGUCGCGAAGGGCGUCGCUGCCUACUCAGAGAUCAGAGUCGGCAAGUAGUGGGAGCAUAGAGUCCCCGAAGCCGCGCGGCAGCGGCGGCACCGCAAGCUCCACUGUCAGUUCGCCAUCGCCCGGAAGCGGUACCAGUGGAGAACGCGCACCCCCGAGUCCGAGUCAGCUCUGCGCCGUGUGCGGCGAUACCGCGGCCUGUCAACAUUAUGGCGUGCGCACUUGCGAGGGCUGCAAGGGCUUCUUCAAAAGGACCGUGCAGAAAGGCUCCAAGUACGUGUGUUUGGCCGAGAAAGCUUGCCCGGUGGACAAGCGCCGCCGAAAUCGCUGCCAGUUCUGCCGGUUUCAGAAGUGCCUGAUGGUCGGCAUGGUCAAGGAGGUUGUUAGAACAGAUUCUUUGAAAGGUCGGCGAGGCAGAUUGCCUUCAAAGCCCAAGUCACCGCAGGAAUCUCCACCGAGUCCGCCGGUUUCCUUGAUUACGGCUCUGGUACGUGCCCAUUUGGAUACAACGCCGGACAAGGCGAGUCUCGAUUAUUCGCAAUACCGACAACCGAGACCGGGCGACCCCCCGAUGACCGAGGCCGAGAAGAUUCAACAAUUCUACAAUCUGUUAACUACCUCGAUCGACGUCAUCCGAAACUUUGCCGACAAAAUCCCCGGAUUCACGGAUCUAGUACGGGAAGAUCAGGAAUUGCUCUUCCAAUCAGCCAGCUUGGAAUUGUUCGUACUCAGGUUGGCGUACCGCACAAAUCCGGACGAUACUAAACUGGUGUUCUGCAACGGUGUCGUCCUGGCGUUGGAACAAUGUCAGCGCAGUUUCGGCGAUUGGCUGCACAGCAUUCUCGACUUCUGCAAAGCCCUUCACUUCUUGGAGGUCGACAUUAGCGCCUUCGCCUGCCUGUGCGCUCUCACCCUCAUUACUGAGAGAUAUGGAUUAAAGGAGCCGCAGCGCAUGGAACAGUUACAGAUGAAGAUUGUUUCGUCUUUGCGUGACCACGUGACUUACAACGCCGAGGCGCAGAGGAAAUCGCAGUACCUGUCUUAUUUACUAGGCAAACUACCGGAGCUGAGGAGUCUCUCGGUCCAGGGCCUCCAGCGAAUCUUCUACCUGAAGCUGGAGGAUCUGGUGCCGGCACCUCCUCUAAUCGAGACGAUGUUUGUCGGUAGUCUGCCCUUUUAAACUGAGCUGAGCAUAGUCUAUGGCUCGCCAGCACAUAGAACAAUUACUUUCUCAGACCCGUGCGGUUGCGUUAUCUUCGUUCUAAUUGCAUCCUUCUUAGUUCGUAUUACUACACGUAGCUUUAUUCUCUUCUUGCGUGUAACUUCUCGCGCGAUCUCGCGGGUACAUUGCGGUCCUCGACGAAGCCUUGACAUCUUGUCGUACUUCGUGAAGAGUAUCAUGAAGGAUUCGUCGGGCAGGAAGAGCAAAGAGAACCAUUACUGGUCGUACGAACGAGCGUGAAAAUUAUCCGCGCGGAUUCAACGUGCGUGAACGGUAAUCUUAAGGAAAAGUUCUACGCGUGUAUGUGCGAGUGAAUGUGUACAUGUGUGAAUAAGCAAUUGUGUGUAUCAUGUACGAAUGCAUGGACGCAGGUCUCUGCAUGCGCGACGAGUGGCGGGCGUCGAAGACGUCGUUACUAUUAGUAGUAAGCUACUAUUGCUAUUGCCGACUACUAAGUCAGCGCAAGUGGAAAGCGGGCGUGAGGCGAGUUGCGAGGCGGUUUCGCUAUUCUCCCUCUUCUAGUUAUAGCAGAUUUCGCGCGGACUCGGAUGCGGAUGGAAGGAGGGAUUCCUCUCUCUGAGACGGGAAGAUUUUCCGCGCGAGGAACGCAAAUUUUUCUCACUUUUCUAUCUAGUUUGUACGAGACUCUCCUUGCCUCGCCUCGCCUCGUUCCCGUGGCUAACAUGCGCCGACCCGUCACUUCUCCAACAUCUCGGUAAUAUCUUCGGCAAUACCUUGCCCGUCGCUGGAAAACGCAUCGGCGAUUCGCAACAUAUCAGAGCAAUGACGAGGAGAGUGAAUGACGCUCUCCCGUCUUGACAGUAGACGUAGGAUAUGACUGUCGGUUACGCCCUUGACGGCCGGACGAUGCCGAGUGCAGAUGCAUCGAUUGAUUAUCGAAAUGCGUGUAAAGAAUUGAUGCAAUUCUACGUCGAAUUAAAUAUAUAUAUUUUUUAUUAUUUCUUUUUUGUUUUAUAUCAUGUAGUCAUAUCUGUCCUAAUAAUGUGCGCUUUGGAUUCUCAAGUCAAAUUGAUUUGGAUUGAGCACGGUAAAGAAUAUCGAAUGAAAAAUUAAAUGAUGAAAACUGGAAUGUAAAGGUAAACUGUGAGGUUCAUCAUUUAACAGCAACACAUGUCUCUUGGAUAUCUAUGAUAAUGGAAAAUGAGUUUAGAAGCGACGUACUAUUAUUUUAUGAGUUUAAGGAAAACCGUAAAGGGAAAUUGUGAACUAUUUUAUUAGAUAGAUUUUCAAUUGUAGUAUUUUUAUAGAUACUUUUUACACAUUUUAUAUACGUCAGUCUUUUUUAAGAGGAGAUUUAUCACACAAGAAUUCAACAAAUAUUUCAGAUAUUAAUGAAUCUUAAAUCGUAAAUUUACUAGGCAUUUUUACAAGCAUUUUACACAACUAGAUCCAUCCUAGUAGUUUAAAAUUGCAUAGCUUUGCUAUAUAAAUUAUCAAUGAAUAGAAAAAGCUUAACGCAUCUUUUAAUUCAAUCGCAUAUUUUGAUAUCGAAAUUAGAAUGACUAAAUGUACAAAUAGAUUUUACAGUUUUAGUUCACAGAUUCGAUUUAAACAUUUUCACCAGGGAACUUUGAUGAACUUCAGAUUUUUUUAUUCGUGGAGCUUUUUUUUUCUCGCAAUGCACUCACAACCAAACUCGGCAUCGUCAGUGUCAUUGGGGCGUUGUCUAAGGCGCAUGAUCGAUAUCAAUCGGUUCUUUACCACUACUCUUGCGUUUAUGUGAUUUUAGAGAGCUAAGGCGAACAACCACGGGCUCACCUCGUUCGUUUAAAAUAGAGACAGAGAGAAAGAAAGAAAGAAAGAAAGAGAGAAUGAGAGUGAGAAAGGAAAAAAAGUGAAUUCAGUACGAUGGCGAGGUGGGCCCGGCUUAAAGUUACCUAUUACGUUAUGACAUUUACUUUUAAUCAAACUAACGUAGAAUGUCCUAUUUAUAUACGUAUAACGCGCCGCUACUACUACUUAACUACUACUUUACUAUACCGUUAUACUUAUUACUACUCAUUAAUAGCGUUAUUACUCUAUGACGUUACUACCACUACUACCACUGUUACCAGCGUUACCUUUACUACCACUUUGUGUUACCAUUGUCUCGCUACAGUAAGCUUCACCAUCGCCGUCGUCGUCGUCGUCGUUUUAAAACGUCCUUCAUCGCACCAGUGCCCUUCGAUUGACACGACAGACGAGAGAGAAUGCUAAACAGGCAUCCUCGUCUCCAGGAUUACCGCAGUCGGCACGCAUCUCUAUUUUUGAUGUAUCUUUGUAUUUUAUCCACAUUCAAGUACACCGUAAGAUAAAGUAAGAUUGCAGAUCGGGAAUAACUUUGCAUGCAGCGAAAAAAGAUUUAAUCAUUAUUUCUACUCUUGAGAUAAAUAUGAAAAUUUUAAUAUAAAAAUCUUAAAGAGAAGUAUAUGCAAAAGAAUUCUCUUUUUUAAAA